GUGCACUUCCCCCACUGUGGUUAUAAAACUCCCGUAUCCAGCACUGUGGGACUACUUUGCGCUCGAGUGCUUGCAGAGGAAGUUUGUGGUCAGAUUCUGUUCCUGAGUGAAUAAUCAUGCCCAGCUACAAGCUUAUCUACUUUAACCUUGAAGGAAGAGGAGAGAUCCUUCGCUACUUAUUUUCUUAUUCAAACAUUGAAUUUGAAGACCGCAGACUUGAAUUUGCUGAUUGGCCCGCGCUUAAACCAUCAAUUCCGUAUGGGCAGCUCCCAGUUGUAGAAAUUGAUGGGGUCAUCUUUAACCAGAGCCUCGCUAUUGGACGCUACUUGGCUAAAAAAGCAGGAUUGAUCGGAAAAAAUGAUUUGGAUGAAAUCCGCGUCGAUGCCAUAAUAGAUACCAUUGAUGACUUUUUCUCAAAGUUCCCUUGGAUGGACACUGAUAAAGCCAAAAAGGAAUUCAUGGAUAAGUCGGGUAUACAGUUGCUGGCUUACUUGGAAAAAACUCUAGGAAAUAACUCCUGGUUUGUUGGUGACUCCGUCACCUGGGCUGACUUUUACUGGGACACCUGCGCCGAUUGUUUUGAAAACUACUUACCCGGCUUUGCUAAAGACUACCCAAAGCUGCUGGCUCUGCAGGAGAGAGUUAAAGCCAUUCCUGCUAUUGCCUCAUGGAUUAAGAAGAGGCCCAAAAAAACCUAGUAAUGCACUUCAGAGACAUUUCGAAGUCACAUCAAAGCACUUCUUUACCUCUCUGAUGUAGAAAUAAUGUAUUCUGUGCAAGCGUAGGGUUUACUAUCUGGCCAAGUACAAUGCUUACACUGCAUCUCUGUCCUCAAUAAAGAAUUUCACCAGGAAAA